CAGGAGAUGGAGCCUUAUUUGCCUUUAACUAGCCAGGCUGUGCGAUUCUGCAUCUCAGGAGCUACAGUGUUGUUCUGGGCUGGCAUUAACUGAGCCUCUGCACUCCAAAGACACAGAUUGGCAGUUCAUCACAGUCGACACCGAGAACCCCGGAACCUGGCGAAAUAUUCGCAGUAGUUACUUUGCAGAAAUCAUCUGGAUCCAACCCAUGAUGUCACUGAAAAAGGGCCUCAUCCUCCUCAUCCUGGCGACCAUCUCGCCGCCCCAGCUGGCAUGGAUUGUUCCUCAGCCCAGGGCCAAUGUGUGGACCACACUGGUAAAAUCACUAAAUCAAGAUCACAUUUGCUUAUCCACAUCCUCUGCAUCUGACCCUCUCCUAUCCUGCCUCGUGGGGAUCCCAUACCAGAUGAACAAAUUCCCUUUCACUUUUCCCAAACCCACUUCUUCCUCUGGCAGGGAAACCCACUCAUUCAUUGCCCACCAACCAGAUGCAUGGAGGAGAUGGGUCAAACUGCUCCCCGUAAUGAACUAUAACCCUGAAGAAUUAGAGUCGCUUGGCUCCUCCCCUGCUUUUACCUGUGUACAUUUUGCAAUUAUCCCUGACCCCCAAGACCGACCUGCCAUUGAGAUCAGGCAGGUCACCAUUGAGUACACCGCAAAGGAAUGGUGCCAGAGGGUAAUCCAAGUCCCCACAUACUCUACCCCUGAUAAUAAACCCCACUCCCUACCUAAAGGCAUCUUCCUCAUCUGCGGUCGGCGGGCUUGGGCAGGCAUCCCCCCUCGCCUAAUCGGAGGCCCUUGUACCUUUGGGCAGCUGAGCUUGUUUACACCUAAUAAAACUCAAAUUUCGCAUUGGCAAAAUCUAAACAAAACCUAUCAAUUGGUAUGCCAAAAAAGGGACACUAACCUUGAGGAUUGGGAUCACAAUUGUGACUCUCAGGCUAUCCAUUGGUCUACAUCCAAAAACAUAGCUGCCAUUGUGCUUUUACCAUGGAUGGCUAUAGCAAAAACAGUUGGGGAAUUGGCACUCCUCGAGUGUUGGGUUGCUAAGCAAGCCAAUCUUACUUCAAGUGCCCUCUUGGAGCUCCUAUCAGAUGAGGAAAUAACGAGGCAGGCCACCCUCCAAAACUGGGCUGCAAUUGAUUUUCUUUUGCUCCUACAUAAUCACUGCUGUGAAGAAUUUGCAGGUUUAUGUUGUUUAAAUUUAAGUUCAAGGGCUGAGGACAUCCAUGCCACAAUACAAAAUAUGCAGAACCUGAUCAGCGACCUAAAGAAAGAGUCAUCGGACUGGCUGGGGUCUCUUUUCCAAGAAUGGGGACUCUCGGGUUGGAUCAAAUCACUAAUUCAACCUGGACUGUUACUUAUACUAGUUCUUGCUGCAUUUAUCACUGGUUUUAGUAUUUUAAAGGGACUUAUUCUGAAGGCGCUGAACUCCACCAUCUCAGUUAAUCGAGUCCGUCUCUCCAUCAAUGAAGAUGAACAUCCUGCUCCACAGGAAGAGCCUCUGAAUCAAGAUCCCUGGUUCAAAGAUCAGAUGGACUCAGAAACCUCGGUUUAAUCCAUUUCCUUCUUUUCUUAUUAAAACAAAAAAAGGGAGAUGUGGAGUUGUGUUUUUAGGCUCCACUAUAUGUAUGUUCAAGAUGGUUUAUCCCUCUGUACCCCCCCUUGUGCCUUUUAGGUUCAUCCCGGGUUUUCCCAUCAGAACCUGUGUGUCCAUCAAUCUCAAAAACCCUGACUCAGACCCCUGACCCCAUCCAGGUGACUUGUCCAUCCUUCCCCUCUGUCUGGAAGUUUUCUGCCGGGGUCGCUGGGUGACUGGACAAUGGCCUGGGGUCCCUCCCCUCCUCCCUGCUAAGUGGAUACCUUGGCUGUCCUUCCCUCGGAGGGCCCUGCCCAUGUCUUCUCCCAUUGGCUGAUCGGGUUUCCCCGCCCACCCUGUAUCAGGGCCUGCUCGAAGCCCAGAUCUCACUGUCUUCUGGGACCUUUUCGAUUGCUGUUGGGCUCUGGGGCUCUCCUUGGAGUCACAAUAAAUCUUGGACCUAC